AUGAAGGAUACCAAAGGGAAGAAAGUCGGGCAACAUGAUCUCCAAUAUCUGAUGAAUGCGAUCAUCUUUGGGCCAGAAGAGUUUUGCGACGGCGUGGGAACUUAUCUCGCGAAGUGCAAAAAGUAUCUCCAGGAUCCAGUGCAAUGCAAUCGCGAUGUUCCUUACUGCAAUCCACAUCUCUUGUCACGACAGCAGGAAUUAGUCAUGACGUCUUCCCUGGUCAUUAAGACCUCCGAAUCGUCGAUGCAAGAAGUCGUGAAUGUAGAUGCUCCCCAAGACCUCUUUUCGCGACUCUGUGACGAUGACCACCUUCAACUGACAGAAACUCCGGACCUAUUGCGCACUCCUCUCUACAAGCAUCAGAAAAAAGCGUUGACUUUCAUGAAACAGCGAGAAAUGCCCUGGUCAUACGAGGAAUCGCCUGAUACCAUGUGGGUCCGGGAUGAAGAGCCAGCUAACAGCGGUAGAUACACAAAUUUAGUCACUGGUAACUCUCAGCGGACCGAACCUCGAGAAUCAAAGGGCGGGCUGUUGGCUGAUCAGAUGGGAUUGGGCAAAUCUCUGACCAUGAUUUCUUUGAUCGCCUCAAAUCCAGCUCAGUUGACUUCUUCGCUCACGUUUACCGCAAACGGAACAAUCCGUCGCAUCAAGUCAACCUUGAUAGUCGUGCCUUAUUCUCUGCUAGAUACUUGGGACACCCAACUCCAACGGCAUCUGAAACCAAACUCUCUUACAUGGUACCGAUUCCACAGUUCGCAGAAACGCAAGUUGCUUGCCUUGGGUGGCUAUGAUAUUGUGAUCGCCACCUACGAGACCCUUAUGGGCCAACAAAAGAAGCACAAUGAUCCUGCCUACACGGAUACGACCUUAUUCUCCUUUGCCUGGCAUCGGAUUGUCCUUGACGAAGGCAAGCUAAAACAACCUUCUUUGCAGAUUAUACAUGGACUGACUCAACGAUGGGCCAUAACGGGCACACCAAUCCAAAACAGGCCCACCGACCUAGGCAGUCUCCUUGAAUUCAUUCACCUUGAACCUUUCACGGAUCCCAAAGUUUUCGAAUCCACUGUUGUCAAACCGUGGCUCAAAUCCGACGACAAGGACACAUCUCGACUCAAGAAGCUCAUCCGAUAUGUAUCGCUGUGUCGUAGCAAAACAAUCAUUGAUCUUCCUCCUCGCCGAGAUGUGAUCAAGUAUAUCGAUCUAGGCCCCGAAGAGAGAGAUCUCUACGAAUCUGCCAAGAACCGGACGAUUCAGAAACUCGACGAGGCUCUCUCCGUCAAUCCAUCGACACCGGGGAUGUAUUUGAAUGCGCUGGAAUGGUUGAACGAACUCCGCUUGUUGUGUAACCACGGAUUGAUGCAAUGCAGCCAGAAAGAAUUACAAAAGUUGACCGGUCCAUUAUCAGAGUCUGCCUCGGUUGCGACGAUCUCUCAAGGGGAGACCUGGUACAAAUCCACAGCCAAAAAGGCCUUUGCCACCCUCGUUAACAGCGGGUCCGCGGUGUGUAAACUGUGUCAGACAAACAUGGCUGCCGGUACAGGUGAGGCGGAUGGUUUCGAGCACACGAAACCCUCUCUGUCCAAAUGCCUGACAGUCAUCUGCGGCUCUUGCAUUCAGAAUCGCCCCAACGGCGGAAGGGUAGCAGGAUGCGGAUGUAAUCCACCUUGUCCCAAGGCCGAAGUCUCUUGGGCAUCUGAGAUUUCCGACCGACAACCACGGGCUGGUCUUCCCGAGGUUGAGGAAGCAAAAGUCUCCACGAAGUUGAAGACCUUGCUCAAAGAUCUUGAGGUGAAUGUGAAGACUGAGAAGAGCGUCGUCUUCUCCUUCUGGACCUAUACAUUAGACCUCAUCGAAUCACUGUUGAAAAAGACGUUGAUCUCCUACGUCCGCAUCGACGGCAGUCUGUCCGGUACACGGCGCGAGGAAGCCAUUCAGAAAUUCCAAACCGAAGAUUCUGUCCGCAUCAUAUUGGUGUCGAUUACCUGCGGCGGAACCGGACUCGAUUUGACUGCCGCUUCACGGGCCUACCUCCUCGAGCCACAAUGGAAUCCUAUGAUUGAAGAACAAGCACUCUCGCGCAUCCAUCGACUCGGUCAGACGAAAGAAGUGAAGACCGUCAGAUACCGUGUGAGAAAUUCGUUUGAAGAGAAAGUUGCAAUAAUUCAAGAUGCCAAGAAGGACAUCGCAGCGGGUGCUUUCUCUAGCAAUCAGCAGGUCGGGGUGGUAAAUAGUACUAGUCGGCUUCAGGAAUUCCGAGACGCAUUUUGA